UAUUCGUUCUCCUGCGAUUAUAUCACUAGACUUUUAUAUAUGUAGACUUCCGUAAAUCUCCACUGACCUAUUGCAUUGUGUCUUCCACCAGGCAAACAUGGACAAGGAACGGGCCGAGAAGGCCAUGAGAGAAGCCGAGGAGAAGUUCCAAUCAAAUGACAUCGAAGGUGCCAAGAGAAUGGUUCUCAGGGCCCGAAAGCUUUUCCCCUCUGCCCGUGGCCUUCCUCAGAUGCUCGCCGCCUUCAACGUCCACAUUGCGGCUGCUUCCAAGGAUGCCAAAGGCCGCACCAAUUGGUAUGCCGUCCUUGAUGUCGACCCCUCCGACGACAUCAAAACCAUCAAGAAACAGUACAAGAAACUUUGCCUCUUGAUUCACCCUGACAAGAAUCGCUCCUCCGCCGCCGAGGGCGCGUUUAAGCUUGUCUGCCAGGCUUGGGAGGCCAUAACUGGCAACGCCAGUAGCUCAGAGAAAGCUUCAACGGGUACGGGUGGCUCGCCCUCAGACUCAGGUGCUGGUGACCAACAUAGUUCAACUUCAGGUGCUAGAUCAAGCUCAAGGCCCUCCUCAAUCCAAUCGGAUCCUAAAAGCACAAGAUCUUCCUCGGCUCGAUCGGAUCAUAAAACUACAUGGUCUUCCUCUUCUCGCUCGGAUCCUAAAACUAAUUGGUCUUCCUCGUCCAGAUGGAAUCCGGAUAAAUCUAGUUCAAAGGCUGAAGUUGCAUGCCCCAAGUGCAGCAGGAACUGCAAAUCUUUGGAUUCCGGUGAUUUGAUUAUUAGGUGCAGUUAUUGCAAUUUGUUUGCCGUAAGGGGACGGCAGGACAGCAGUGUUUUUCUUACCAUGGAUGAGCAUGGCCCUGGUAUUUUAGGGCUGUAAUGAUGUCGGCAUUAACAUCGAUCUCCAUGGUAGUAUCAAUGUAGCUAGUCAUCAACAUGACAAUGUUGAAGAUGUUUGUUGCCGCCGGUGGUGAUAGCAUCUAUUUGUAUCCAUGUAAUGAAGCCAGUCAUAUUAAUCCUUGUGAUGCAUUCGAUAUU